AUCUUUUCAAGUUGUUUUAGUCUCUGGUGGUUCUCUGUCUUUUGUCAUGAUGAACUAUGGAAACAUCUCCUCUACGGAUCAUCGGUUUCAGGCUGGCUAUGGCACAAUAAACUCAAAAAAUUACUUUUCAAUCCCUGUACCUGAUGAAAAUAAGCUCUUCAACUCCAGCAAUGUCAAUGUACCAGGGCGCUGGGCAUUCCGUGUUGAUGGUGGACCUGAGGAGGGAAUUUUCUAUCCAUAUGGAGAUGAGGAUACAAAAAACCCUGCAGAGUAUUCCGGAAGUUCUCCUCUGAUCCCCCUGGCACAGCCGUUUGUCUACUUUGGGCUUAUUUAUAAUCAACUAUAUGUGAAUAACAAGGGGUAUUUGACUUUUAAUGGGCCAUUUUACCAGUCGUAUCCCAAUUAUUUUCCUGCAUACUCGACUAGAGACAUCAUUGCACCAUUAUGGACAAACAUUGACAUUACAAAUAGAGGAACGGUCUCUUACCGACAAGUAACAGAUUCUCGUCUCUUGAAUCGGGCCUCAGAAGACAUAAAGCAGUAUUACCCCAACCUAAACUUCUCUGCUUCCUGGGUUUUUAUUGCUACGUGGGAUAAAGUACCAAACUAUAUAUACAGACAGACAUCAACCUUCCAAGUGGUUUUGAUGUCUGGCAAAAACAUGUCAUUUACUCUCAUGCAUUAUGGUAAUAUUGGCCCAACAUAUACUGGUAAUUCCGGCUAUGACACAAGUGAUUCAACGGACUUCUUUUCAGUUCCUGUCUCUGACGUUGCAAACCGUUCAUACACAAGCAAUGUCAGUGUCAUAGGUCGAUGGGUAUUUAGAGUUGACCAUGCAUCAGAAAGCAAUGGACUGUUCUAUCCAUUUAGGAAUGGGCAAAAAAUAAACAAUGGAAUAUCCAGCUCUCUUUGUGGACACCAUUUACUUACUUUGGGCUCACAUACAGUUCAGUUUAUGUUUACAAAAAUGGAUUUCUUACUUUCAACUGGCCACUGUCUUCAUCAGGUCCCCCAACUUUUCCUGCAAAUGUAGACAUUGUUGCUCCACUGUGGACAGAUAUUAAAAACAGUGAUAUUUACUUUCAACAAUUCAGGGGUGUUCGAGUACUACAACGAGUUACAAAUGAUAUACGUCAAUAUUUUCCUAAUACAAAUUUCACUGCUGACUCAGUUUUUGUUUGUACUUGGGAUAAUGUGACAUAUUUCAACACUUCAGCACAGAAUUCCUCUUUUCAAGUACUGCUGAUUUCUGGUUCUGGUUUGUCAUUUAUUGUAUUUAAUUAUGGCAGCAUUCCCCAAACUAAACAACUUGCACUGGCUGGAUAUGACACUGAUGAUUCAACCAGUUCUUAUAGAAUUCCUGUGUCU